AUGGCGACUUUGGACGCCAACACUGACGCCAAGGAUCGUCCUCGGCAGUGGGCGGCUCUUUCCGAGCUCACACGGGAUCCCUGGUUUGCUAGACGAUGGAUUGUCCAAGAGAUCUCACUUGCGAAUAGGGCCGUUGUAUAUUGUGGUGAGAAGAUGGUUCAUUGGGAUGUGCUGGUCGAUGCUAUUGCCCUUCUGGUGGCCGACGAAGAGCGAGUCAGAGCCUUGUUCGACCCUUCAGAGUGGCGAUAUGGGCGCAAUACCCUAGGGGAGAUUCAAUUUUCGAGCGCAAACGUCCUUCUUGAGGUGAUAAGUAGCCUGUUUCCAACGACCGAGGACCGAAGCAAACACAAACCAUUGAAAAGUUUGGAAUACCUCGUAACAACUCUCCAAACCUUCGAUGCCAGCGACCCACGCGAUUUGAUAUAUGCCCUAGUCCAUAUUUCGCGCGACUAUUCAGAAGGGAGGAUCACAAUGGGUCCCCAGCCUACGGAAAAGCAGCGAACCCCUGGAGAGGUGCAUCAGCCUUCAGAGAAGGAGCAAGGCCCUGAAGAAGAGGUGCACCAGCUUACAGAGAAGCAGCAAAGCCCUCAAGAUCUGCAGUGGAUCCCGCCCAAGUUACAUAUAGAUUAUGGGACACCUAUCCCUAUCGUUUUCAAGCAGUUCACUCAGUAUUGUGUGGAAGCAUCCGGCUCGCUAGACAUUAUAUGUCGCCCGUGGGCAAAACUGCCCAAGCUUGAGGAACGCUCCCUGCUCAGCUCUUCUGAAGAGUACCUGAACAACAGUCCACUUCCAAGCUGGGUUCCUCUGCUGGAGAAUGAAGAAUUUGGUGGUCCUGGACAGUCCCACAAAGGUCGAAAGAAUGGGUCGGACUCAAAAAGAACGGAAGACUGGUUUGGUAUUUGCCCAAAGAAUACAGCCAUCAAGGACAAUGUUUGUAUUCUGUUCGGGUGUAGUGUUCCGGUUAUUUUGCGUCCAGUGGGGAAAGACGCCUAUAAGCUAGUUGGGGAAGCAUAUGUACAUGGCGCAAUGAGCGGGGAGGUGGUCAGAAAUAUGGAGAAAGAAGCGUUGGAGAGGUCGACUAGAAUAUUUGACAUCAGAUGA